CGUUAAUCACGUCGACGCCUCGCCGUUCGCCUGCAUCUAAUUCCUCCGCAACGCUUCCCCCAAUCUGUCUCUCUCUGCAUUUAUACCUAUCGAUCUUUUUCCUUCCAUUUCACUCAGAGUAGCACUUCAUUCAGCUGCGAUGUCGAUAAGAACUGCCAAAGUCAGUAAUGUUUCCUUAGGGGCAUCUGAGCAAGAUAUCAGGGAGUUCUUUUCUUUUUCUGGUGAUAUUGAAUAUGUUGAGCUGCAGAGUGACACAGAGCUGUCUCAAAUUGCAUUUGUAACCUUCAAGGAUACACAAGGAGCAGAGACUGCGGUUCUUCUUUCGGGUGCAACAAUAGUCAAUAUGUCUGUCACCGUUACUCUGGAUCCAGAUUACCGGCUUCCGGCUGCUGCUUCAGAACCACACCUUGCAACAGAAAACAAAACUCCAGGUGGUGCUCAAUCGGCUUUUCAAAAGGCAGAAGAUGUAGUCAGUGGCAUGCUUGCCAAGGGUUUUGUCUUAGGUAAAGAUGCCGUCAACAAGGCUAAGUCAUUCGACGAGAAGCACCAGUUGACCUCAACAGCAAGUGCUAAAGUUUCCUCUUUUGACAAAAAAAUUGGGUUUAGUGAGAAGGUGAGCGUUGGUACUUCAAUGGUGAAUGACAAAGUUCGGGGAGUGGAUCAGAAACUCCAGGUUUCUGAGAAAGCCAAAUCGGCAUUUUCAACAGCCGAGCAAACAGUCAGUGGUGCUGGGUCGGCCAUAAUGAAGAACAAGUACGUCUUUACUGGGGCUUCUUGGGUAACAGGUGCGUUUAAUAAAGUUGCUAAGGCAGCAGGCGAAGUCAGUCAGAAGACGAAAGAGAAGGUGGGAAUUGCUGAAGAUGAACAGAGAAGGAAAAUGGUUGAUGACUUUGCUCAGGUUCACCUAUCCGAGUCUCCUAAAGCUUCUGAUUUAAGUGAGCAGCAUCCUUCUAAGCCUGCACCAGCUCAAGGUUUGAUCCUCUAAUUACCUGCUUUUUCAAUGUUGUUUGUCCAUACUUUUGGAUUCUACAGUCUUGAUUUCCUACUCCACCAUUUAAGUAAGAUGUGGUGAAUAUAGACACAUUGUACCUCUACUGUGUUAUGAUUGCACACAAUCCAUUUAUUGAAUGGAUCUGACGAGUCAACUUGAUUAUGACCCGAAACUGAUACGAUAAACCUAUACAAUGUGACUUCGUGUCAAGGCAUUAUUGUGUUUAGGUCGUGUAACUCAGGUCAAAAUAAGCUCGGUUCAUGUGUGGUCUAUUUAUUAAGUGGGUUUAACAAGUCAACCCAAUUUAUGAUUUGAAUUCCUUAAGGGUAAACCCGUGUCCUGAAGCUUCAUGUUCACUUUUUUGAGCAUUGUUAUCUACAUAUUUUUAAUAUAUUUUUAUGUAAUAUUUGAUGUAGUUAUUAGGGAGUUAUUUCUGCAAAUAAGUUAGUAGUGGAGUAUUUUUGUAGGUAGCUUCUUACAGGAUUAUUAAGAAAGUGGAGUCAUGGGUCAAGUUAGUUAUUAAGAUAGUUUUAUUAUCUUGUAUUUA